AUGCCGUCGAGUCCCGGCAUGAUGAAGCCGCACCAUGACCCACUCCUCUACUUCCAGCCCGGCAGGUCCAUAUCCGGCAGCUAUCUCACCGAUACGGCGGCACAGACGCCGCCCAUGCGCGACCCUUAUAUGAUCCCUUUGCUUCUGCAUCUCGGGCUGGACUCGGUCGACGCGGAGGAGCAGUACGCGCUGGACGCCGACUCGUCACCGCAAGACGCAGACACCAGCACCGACGGCCCCAUGCUCUUCCGUGAGCUCCGCCCCGGCAUGGAAGAUCCCACGUGGGGCGAGUCGGAUCUGUUCAGCGCCGAGCUGGACGGGCCCGUGUCGGGCCUUUCCCUCGACACGCCGUCGCAGCACACGAGCCCCGCAAAAGAGGGGCUGCCCUCGGACCUGUCUGCACACCCGUCCCUGCUUGGCUCGCCUGUGCCGCGCACACCGAUCAGGCAGCGCACCCCGCCGCCAUCUGCAACGACGCCCCCGCAACCACUGCUUGUAUCGCCGGACGAUAAGACGCCCGUGCCCAGCGACAGCGCGCUGCUCUUUGAGCUUGGCCCGCAUUCCCUCCCUCCCAUGACCCCGACUGCAUCGCAGGCCACGCCGACAUCGCGUGGCGCUUUUUUCCCGACGCACCGCUCCGGCGCGAGUAUCAGCUCGACCAUGUCGAACUCCACGCCCGAGUACGGCUCUGCACCGAGCAUCGCGAGCUCGGCAGAUCUGCGGUCCCCAAACUUUCCCAUCGAUCACCUCUCUAUGUCGCCCCACCGCAUGCCCACAAGCCUCAGCGGAAACGACAUGCACACGCUUAUGCACCAGCAGUUUUCUCCGCAGCAGCAUUUUUUACGCUCGGGAUCCAUGGUGCUGGGCGAGCCGUUCAGCACGCCUGAGCAGUAUACCACGUCUUUGGGCAACACACCAUCGAUGCCGAACUUGGCUUUGUACGGCGAGGCAUUCCACGGCAAGUCGAUGUCGCGGAUCAACUCAGCACCGCCCGUGCACGCUCAACUGCCGUGGGGACCGCACGAACUCUACAAUGACCCGGUGAAUACCUCGCCUAGCGCUGCAGGACGCACCUUGCCUUUGAGCUCGAUUGCACUCGCGCGCAAACAGUACACUCCAUAUGCCAAGGCGCACGGCGCGAUCCUCUACGGCUCUCCGUCAGAAAUCGAUGGCUGCUUUUCCCCUACGAUGCCCUCGUCCAAGAGCAUGAAUGCGAUCUCUUCCCCAGAAAACAUGUCGCCCGUACCCGUCGAUGCGCGGCGCGCCUCGCUCAUCUCGCACAGCGUCAGCAUGCCGGGCGACCAGAUGGCGGCGAUGCUCGAGUACGAUGCUGUGCAGCCGCCGUCACAGCGCAUCGUACGCACACGUGUGGGUGCCGCACCGCCGCUAGUAGUGAGCUCGGCAGACAAAAUGCAUGUAUGCCACUGCGGGCGGCGCUUUAAGCGCAUGGAGCACCUCAAGCGCCACAAUCGCACACACACCCAAGAGCGUCCACACAGGUGCCCGGUCGAAAAUUGUGCCAAGAGUUUUGGGCGCUCGGAUAACUUGGCACAGCACAUCAAGACGCACUACAAGGGAACUCCCAGUGCGCUUGGGAGAUCGCGUUUGCAUGCGUUUCCUAGCGAUACUCAGGAACGCGCGCAGGCGCAGGCGCAACAGCGGGAAGCGCUGGGCACGCCUGCAUCGGCUGCGUCGGUAUCGGCAGCUUCAGCGGCGGCCGCGGCGGCUGCCUCGGCGUCUGCAUCGGCUCGGACCGAUGCGCCGAAGCAGUCUGCCUAG